AGGUAUUUUUAUUUUGAAGGAGAGGAAAGGAAGCGCGCGUUUGUCUGCUGGGCUUGUCUGUACACAAGGGGGCGGGGUUUAGCGGUAGAGGGUGCAGCGGAGGUUCAGUGUGUUCGGAGCUUCGGUGGCGCCAGCAGCUCCCAGCUCUGCCCGCAUCUCUGCGCCUUCUCUCGGGUUCUGUGCGUGCGGCGGCUCCGGGGAGGCUCGGAGCUCCCUGCGGACCGCUCGAGGACACCCCGCAGCGUAUUGCGGACGGCACCGGCGGAGACCUGAGGGCCCGGUUCGCGCUCCGGGGCUUUCAGGUGAGGUCCAGGUGGGCUCGGCAGGUGUGUCUCCGCGGGAUGCUCCCGCCCUGAGCUCUGUUGGGAGAUGCUGCCGUCCGGGACCUCCAGGCGGGACAAAGCGGCGGUCCGAGAGCGGUUGGAGGCCUCCGUGUCCGGGCUCGGGGAGCUGGAGCUCCUGCGGCGGCGGCAAGAGGUGCUGGUCCGGGCCGCGCUGGAGCUCCGGGAGCCGCGAGAGGAGGAGGAGCGGCAACGGCGAGAGGCUCAGCUGAGCUCGGAGGAGAAACUGCUGGAGGGGAACAUCCUGCUGCUCCGGAAACAGCUGCUGUUUGUGUGUCAGAACUGUCUGAGGAGGCGGGACGCCGGCCUCAUUGCUCAGCUGCAGGAGCUCGACCGACAAAUCAGUGACCUGCGAUUGGACACCGGGACGUCACAUGAGCCCGACAGCCGACCGAGCUCAGGUUUCUACGACCUCAGCGACGCCGUGUCCGGCUCGCUCUCCAACUCGUCUAACUCGGUCUUCAGCGAAUGUUUCUGCUCGACGGCCGACGCCGACGGACGCCUGCCGUCCACAGAUGAGCUGGCCAGCUGUUUGGAGUGUGACGUCCUGGUUGGAGGGCUUUGUGAUGAGUCAUCGUCUUCUGGCACGGUCCGCCGCUCGCUCUCGGCUCCAAACCCGCCCACUGUGGAUGCAGCCUCGUCCUUUCUUUCCACUGAGCCUCAGUCUAAAUACCACUGUGACCUGGUGGCCCGAAAUGGCAACGAUGUUUAUCGCUACCCGAGUCCUCUGCACGCCGUGGUGGUCCAAAGCCCCGCCUUUCUGCAGAUGUUGGGUUUCGGAGGUCCCGGCAGAGAUGAGGCAGACACCUCAGCUCUUCCCCCCUCUGUUUCAGCCCCCCAUGUAUCUCAGAGCUACUCCUGGCCGGCCUCCUCCUCACAGACUCCUUCCCAUAAGCGACUGGACAGCUACAUCUACAGUCUGCUCCAGAGGAAGGCCCAGCCAAUCAGGACCAGCAAACCCAGGACCAGCAUCAGCACCGACCCCUCAAAGAGCAUCCUCAGGCAGGCUAGUCUGUGUGUGAGGCAGGUGUCCGGCCCUGGCUCUGGUUUUGGGACUCUGAGUGCAUCCGAAUUUAAAGCCUUGUGGACGGCUAGAGGAACAUCGGCAGAGGGAGCUGGGACCUCGUCUCCACAGAGGCAGUGGUCUGUGGACGGGAAACUGGAGGAGCAGGAGACCCAGAGCGUACUGAAGGAUGGCGGCUUUGAGGCGACGCACGAUGGCUUCAGGAGGGGCAGCGGCGAGUCCGGCUCUCCUCUUCGGUACGACGUACAGAGCAGCUGCACUGCCAACAACCAUGACAGCAGCACCAACAGUCUGAGAAAGAAGAGCAAAGCAGAUCUUCCUCACGCCACGCUGUCUGCCAAAACUCUCCCUAAAAACUUCAGGGACCUGGGCAGUCCCAAAGCUAACCCCGCCCCCAAUGAGGUCAAACCGCCAUGUUGCCCCCCGGACCAGGAGAUGUUCCUGAAAUCUGCUCCAGUCAUGAAAACACAGUCGAGUACUCCCAGGAAUAGUCCAGGAACAGGAAGGUCAGCACUGGAGCUCACCAGUGUGGGGUCCUCCUCCCAGAGUCAGGACGAAGCAGCCGCCGAAGGAGGAAGCUGUCACACGGUUACCAACAGGUAUGUCCCCGCCCACCAGCACAGACUUCGCAAGGGCGGCUUCAAGAAUGUGAAGGUGAGGAGCUCAUCGAUGAAGACGAGUCAUGUCUCUGAGCACAGCGAGCCUCCACCAGAGAGAAGACAGGACAAACUCCGCCACAGGUCCCGCCUCCUGGAAGAUGGAGGCUCCGCCCACGUUAAAGUCUCCAAGAGAUUUGCUUCCUCAAGAAUAAAGCGCCUACCUGCAUCCAUCCCAGAAGGCAGAGUGCUGGACAGACAGCCCCCAUCGGCACUACACGGCGCACGACCGAGCAUAUCCAAGCACCAUCACCAUGGAAACCAUCACUGCUGCAGUGGUAACCACCACCAUCACCACGGACGCAACCAGGUCGUGGUCGUGGCCAAACCAAAGUACAAAAGGAACGAUUACCGGCGGUUACGAGCCAUGAUGGAAGUCCCGUACGACGAGGCGUUUAGACGUGCUCAGCGGCGUCAGAGAAAGGAGCUGCUGAACAGCAGCGUGUACCCGCCCGCCGGAGCGCGGCUGACCAGCCCGUACUCAUACACAGCAGGAAGUGACUCCGAGUACUCAGCUGAGUGCGCCUCACUCUUUCACUCCACCAUCGUGGACACCAGUGAAGACGAGAGGUCGAACUACACCACAAACUGCUUUGGAGACAGCGAGUCCAGUGAGGAGGAGUGCGUGGAGGAGAGCACCAACACCAGCGAUACGGAGGAGAGUGGUGGGGGAGGCAUGGGCAGGGGGCGGGGCCAGCUGGGGGGAGCUGGGGUCAGGGCGACGGGGCAGGAAAUUAUGUCAGCUCAGGCAAAGGCUUUUGUUAAGAUUAAGGCAUCUCACAACCUGAAGAAGAAGAUCCUGCGAUUCAGGUCGGGCUCGCUGAAGCUCAUGACCACCGUGUAACCUCCCAGACUGGACCGUAGCCACACCUGCCUUACCCACGUGCAGGUGGGCCUGACCCAAACCCAGUUUACCCAGCCCAGACCCGACUCUUUCCAACACUAACCCGGUGGACAGACGCAGGGUGGCGGCACAGUUUGGUUCACCUGGUUUAUCUGUUGAUUCCCUACAAAUAAACCGUUCUGAUUGGAUCUUUUGUAAUUAAAGUACAUUUUAGGCAAACACAGUCGAGCUCAGCUCGGUGACCUAGUAAAUGUGUUUCUUCCCCUGCUUGUGGUCUUCACUGUCAUUUUUAAAUGCGACAAACCAGGCCACCUGAUUGGAAACCACACCACCUGCUUACUGGUCCCACUCUUCAGAAAUCUAGGGAAGCAACCUGAAGGUCAACACUGAGUGAUUCACCUGGACUCUGGGUACAAUAGUUCAGGACAUCAAAGAAAUUAACAUCGGUUAAAGUAGGAAAUGUAUAAACAAGCAUAAUUUUCUUAAACUUAAAAAAGCAUCUUUGAAUUUCAUCCUUUCACUGUUCUUACAAUCCAAAAAUCUAAAAAUGCUUUGAUUGUGAAAGUUUUCUAUUUCCAACUUCCCUCAAACGCAGCAUGAGAUGCUUUGUUUCUGUAAUGACGUGAAGGUGUGGUUUGGGUCCAGCCAAUCACUUUACUGUCCUUACUUUGGUCCAACACGUGACUCGGCUGAACCCGGAACCGCACUGCUUCAAACGCGUUGAAGGCCGCCUUCGCCACCACCGUCUGGCUUCCCCGAUUGGUUCCUCGGUCUGUGCCAAGCAGUGGACCUGAGUCGUGAUAGAUUCACUGACAACAGCGUUACUCACUGAUUAAACCAGAAAUAAUUUAGAGCAAAUGUGUGGAAACAUCCGGUGGCGGCGGUUCGGUUGGACGACAUAUUUGUCAGAAGCAACCUGGACUCGAGCCUUGUGUCCUCUGAUCUGUUCUAGAAGUGGAACUUUAGUCUGGUUCCUCAGAGUUUCUCCAACGUUCCACCAAAAGUCCAACAACUUGAAGGGACUGAUUGUCCAGGGUCUGUCCGGGCAGUCAGAGUUCCUCCGGUUUGUUAUGUGUGUCAGGACAAAAUAAUGAGGAACACAGUGACAUUUUUGGGGUUCUCCGACUUCGAGGCGUGGACUGUCAGCAGGUUCCUCCUGUAGCUUCACGCUGGACCUUUUUGCCUUUUUAAAAAAUUGAUUGUAAUGCAGGAAAUUAGUCUAGAACUUUCUGCCGUCAGACUUCUGGACUUUUUGGGUCUUUGAGCUUAAUUUGGACCCUGGUUCCCGCGGUGGUUCCAGCCGUGGUUCCCACGGUGGUUCCUGCCGUGGUUCUUCGUCACUGCGGCUCUGUUGGACUCCUUUAAAACCUGGUGUGAGGUUUGAGGAGGUUCUCACCACAGUAACCUUUUUAUUUCCUGCACUUUGAGAUGAGCUGUCAGCGGACAGGGCGGCGGCGUAACGCUGGUGUUCUGUUGUUUGUAUGUAGCCUUGGUUUGUAUUUAUUAUCACGUGACCUUUGCUGUUGCGCAGCACGCCAAAUGCCUGUAAAUGCUUCUCUCUUUUUCAGGUCCUGAGAUGUUUUUGAUGAAAUCUAUUUAAAGCCUAAUAUAUUUGCUUGGUGCAUUGAGAAAAGCCGACAUGGUACUGACAGGUUCUGAUCUGGGCUUUUAUGACUUUAUACUCGAGUCUAACUUUUUAACACAAAUGUUUCUACUGCAUCUGUUUUUUAUACUAACAGUUACACAGCAGCGUGUUUACCGAGCUCAGCUGGAAGCAGGAAAUGUUUAAGGAUGUAGACACAGAAAUGGAAACUCUGUGGGUUUCUCCCGUUUUUAUCCUGUAAUCAAACUCUGACACGAGUAUCAGUGUGUGAGGUCUGUGGACGUCGGUUGAAUGUCAGUUUUCAGCUCUGCUUGUGGACGUGUUUGUGCUAAACGUGUCCUGCAGGGAUGUUUCACGCACUCUCCUCCGUCGUCUCAUCUGAUUCUGCGAUGACAGAACGAAGAGGAUUCAAAUAAGAUAUUCGAGAGGUUUCAGUUUCCAGUCCUCUCUUCUCAUUGGUCGGGGCCACAGUUUACAUGUUCAGGAUAUAAAUAGCUCCUCAGCUUUUAAAAGCCAUAUAAAGCUCAUUAAAGCUGCCAUGUGCUGUUCUGCCUUUGUGUUGAGCUAUUUGUUUUUUCCUGCACCACCUCCACUCUGUAAAUGUUCACAUAUGCAGCUGGAGACGACUGUUACUGAUUUGUGUAUAAAACCUGUGUAUGGCAACAAUGGUGCUUUACCUUCUAUGCUUCAUUAAAUGUGGACUUUCAG